GUUGUGUAUUGCCGCUAAUUUUACAUUCUCUUAAAGAUACCUGUUUUUUUGGGGCCAUACAUGUGGGCAGAAUGAGAGUCCAGAAUAUGGCCCGUGAAAUUUUAUGAAUCUGUUGUAAACCCAGGCCUGGGCUUCUCCCUCGGCAAAGACUAAUAAUAGCAGUAUUGCGAAGCUCAUUAUAAACCGGCGAAGUCUGGAAUGAUGGAGAAGAGGAAGAUGGGUGAAAGGAAGAAAGGCGAAAGCAAGAAAGCAAAAACAUCGGAGUGGCCAUCCAUCAAACCGAAGCCUAAUCUUCAAAUCACCCGCCUCAAAGACGACGACUUGUUUACUGUGCAUAAUUUCUUCUCAUCAGCAGAAUCAAAAGCCUUUAUCAAAGCUGCAGAAAGUAUUGGUUUUGCUCAUCAAGGCAGUCUUGGUCCAGCCAAAGGUGAAGCUUUCAGGGAUAAUGAUCGGAUAUCUGUUAACGAUCCAGUUCUUGCUGAUACAAUUUGGGAAUCUGGACUUAACAAGUUACUUUCUCAUCUCAAAAUUCGCGGCAAAAUUGCAGUCGGGCUGAACCCAAAUCUUAGGUUUUACAGGUAUAAAGUUGGCCAAAGAUUUGGGCGACAUAUUGAUGAAAGCAAUGUUCUUGAAGAUGGGAAGCGCACCCACUAUACUUUGCUGAUAUAUCUCAGUGGUGGUUCUGGAUCCAAAACUAGAAAUGACAGUAGCGGACAAGACACCGUAUCAGAGCCUUUAGUUGGGGGCGAAACUGUUUUUUAUGGGCCUAGGAAUGCUCUAGUGGCUGAGGUUGCUCCGACGGAAGGUAUGGCCCUGUUUCAUGUCCAUGGGGAUAGGUGUAUGCUCCAUGAAGCUAGGAAUGUCAGUAAGGGAGUCAAAUAUGUGCUCCGGUCGGAUGUGGCAUUUGGUUGAUGAUGGCUGGAGCAUUGUGGUCCAUUUUUGUGUGAAUCAUAGGUUUCUUGGGCAGAUCAUUGUUAUGUUAAUCUGCCAUCAGAACUUGUCACGAGAUCAAUCAGGGGAAUGCAUGGAAGAUUUCAUAAUUGAAGGAUAUAGUAGUUACCGACUUAACAUUUGCAUUACUUUAUGGUUUCGAUUCGUAAUUAUUUUGCUCAGUGUGUGAUAACUUUCUGAAUCCAGUUGACUUUAACUCAAGGACAAUGAUAUUCAUAACCAAAGGAUUCGAUUCCCAUCUCGUGUAGAAGUUAGUGGAUGAAAGUGCCUUUAUUUGCAGUUAUCAAUCUGCUGAAAGACAAUGCAGAGUAAAUCAGUGAAUUUCCCUGUUUUGAGGUUCGACAA